AUGCAACCUCUCAGCGGUGCGGAGACGUCCUCGCUGUCCGCGCUGUCGCUCGUCUGCAUCGCCGUGCUCGUCAACGCCUGGAGAAGCGAUGGAGAGCCGCUGUUCGCAUCGCUCGCCAUCAGUGGCAUUGCCUUCGCCUUUGCCUACGCCGUGAUACGAUGGACCGGCGAGGUCUUUCUGCAGCGAGGCUACAAGGGAAAGGACCUGUCGAAGAAGAAUCCGACGGAAAUGUAAGUACGCUGCACCCACAAAGCCUGAGACCUCCCUCUCAACUGCCGCUCACCAUGCCGCAGACCAGAGGCCAUGGGAUUGGUGUGCGCCCUCGUCUACCUCCUGGCCAUCAUCAAUUUCCUGCCCUUCGCAUUCAAGCGCGUCAUUGUCGAGGUGACGUCGGGCGCCGGGGACAGGGUGCGCAUCCUGGAGGCACAGCAGAUUGAGACAGGACGUUUCCUCCACCGUUUCCCGCUGGAAAAGGUUUGCGACAUGACCCUCUCUACCUACGUCUGCGGUGCGACGCAGCUAACCGCUGGCCCAGCUCGCCUCCUAUGGCUUCGCGUACGGCACCCUGGCCUCCGUCAUCAUCCUGGGCAUCCUGGACGACUCGUUCGACAUGCGAUGGCGACACAAGUUCUUCAUUCCCGCGUUCGCGGCGCUGCCGAUGCUUGGCCUCUACUUUGUCGACUUUGGCGUCACGCAUGUUAUGGUGCCGCUACCACUACGUGCCUACCUGGGUGAGAUCGUCGACCUUGGUGCGCUAUAUUACCUCUAUAUGGCAGCCAUUGCCAUCUUCUGCCCCAACAGCAUCAACAUCCUGGCCGGCAUCAACGGCAUCGAGGUUGGUCAGUCGCUGGUCAUUGCGCUGCUGAUUGCGUUCAACGACGUGCUGUACCUCUCACCACUGGUACACCAGCCGCAUCCGGCUGGCGAUUCGCACCUGUUCAGUCUCUACCUGCUGCUGCCGUUCAUCGGCGUCUCACUGGCGCUGUUCAAGCACAACUGGUACCCGGCCAAGGUGUUCGUCGGAGACACGUACUGCUACUUCGCGGGCAUGGUCUUUGCCGUGGUGGGCAUUCUCGGCCACUUCAGCAAGACGCUGCUGCUGCUGUUCAUCCCCCAAAUCUUCAACUUCUGCUACUCGGCGCCACAGCUGUUUGCCAUUGUCCCGUGCCCGCGUCACCGACUGCCGCGUUUCAAUGCGCGCACCGGACUCCUGGAACCAUCGGUCGCGGUGUUUCCCAAGGAGAAAGCGCUGAAUCCGAUAGUCGGUCAGGUGCUCAAGCUUCUGCACCGGGUGAAGGUGGUGCGGGUGGGGGUGGAUGAGACGGGGAGGGUGACGGAGAGCAGCAAUCUGACGGUUCUGAAUCUCUGGUUGGUAUGGAGGGGCCCGCUCCGCGAGGACCGGCUAGCGGUGGAGAUACUCGCGAUGCAGACAGCCUGCGGGCUCGCGGGAUUAUUCAUCCGGCACCGUCUGGCAUCGAUGCUGUUUGCCGCCGACAAUCGGUUCUGA